AUGUCUGAAGCGGGCGCAAAUGGUGCCACCCAAACGGCCAUUGACUUUACGGCGACCAAGACCGAGCUCAGUUCCGCCUCCACCAGCCGACGCAUUGCGCAGUUGAAGACGCUUGAUGAGAAGGUCAAUAGUAAAACGAUUGAUCAGACCUCGGUGCCCAAGCUUCUGAAGCUUCUCUUCGAUACUCACCCUCUAUACCAAGACCGACCCUCUAGACGGGCAGUUGAAUCGUGUAUCACAUCCAUAUUCGCAACCGUUGAUGACCCUAAGAUCCUCGGGCUGUUUGUCACUGCCAUUCGUCUCGAGUCACAAAAACCCGGCAUUGCAGCCAACAAUGCCUUUGUCUUGGUGGAAUGGUGUUGCCUGCUGUUGAAGAGCUUGGCAGGCACGCCCUUGUAUGAAAAGUUCGGCUUGGACAUUAUUCACGCGAAUGCCGCCGCCCUCGAGAGAUGUUUUCAACCUCCCGCCAGGCCUUCCGUUGGCCAUUCCGCUCUAGUCAUCACACGCCGAGGCCUACGAGCCGCUUUCUGGCAGAAGGAGUUUCGGCCAAAGGUAGUGGAGGAGACUAUUCAGGCUCUUACAGCAAAAGGUGCCCAACCUACAGCUAAAAAUGCCGUCAUGCUUGGCGUUGUCGCUGGAGUGUGCUCUCGUCACGACCAGGCGAAAUCAACUUUUGCGAGCAAGAAGACCGAUUAUUUCACGUAUAUCACUCGAGAGAUCAUCGGCUCCCGGACGGCUCCCGCACCUCAUGUGACGGAUGGCUUGAGCGACUUUUUCUCGGACUUUGUGACAGCCGAUGAUCUCACCAAAGAGAUCGUUCCCUCACUAGAGAAAGGCUUACUUCGAGCGCCCGAAGUCGUACUAGACAUUGUUCCACCCAUCGUCAAGCCUCUCUCCCUCGAGAUUGAUCUGUCAGCAGUGCUUGCCAACAAUCUCAUGAAACCAUUUCUCUCCAACGCGAAAUCAAGCAACGCGGCAAUCCGUGAGAGUGUUUUGAACACUUUCAAGGUCAUUGUGAUCAAAAGUCAAGAAACCAGCAUUUUGGAGAAAGUCGCCGAUGAAAUACUCGGUCCUCUCAAAUCUGGAAAAUUGGCCUCGCCCGACCACCGCCUUCUCCAUGCUUCCAUGCUCCUAAGCAUCCCGCUGUCCAGCACUAUGGCCGACAAAGUAAUCACUGCUCUCCCGCCUACUGCUUUGAAGGAGGGCAAUGAAGCUGCCCUAGCGGCUGAGGUUGCUACUAUUAGUAAAUCAGUCUCCUAUCAACUGCAACAAGGCAGUGAAUUGCCAAAAGCUGCCAUUGACGCCUAUGCCAAGGGCCUCUCUGACAAAAAGAUCAACACUCGUCGUGUUUGGAUCCUGAAGACUGGUGAUAUUCUAUCUACGUUUGCAUCUGAGUUUGUACCCGACAAUGUGGCUAAAUUUGCCGACGCUGUGGUCUCUCCUCUUUGUGAUACGUGGGCGGAGAUCUUGAAGAACCCUCCAGCGGCGGUGCAAAGCACUCUGAUUACAGGUGCCUAUGUCUUGGCCACACUGGCCUACCAAAGCCUGUCUCAAAUCGACACUCCUACCGUCGAGUCUGCCCUCAAGAAGGCUUCCGUAUCCAAGGAGACACUUGUGUACGACCCGAAGCCCUCAUUCCUCUUGAACCAUCGUGUGUACGGUCGGUUGACCACCGACGACGAUCUGAGGUGGUUUUUGUGUGCUCUGGCAGCCUCAGUCGUCGAUCUACCAGCGGCAACACCAUCUGUCAGAUCAGCUUGGUCGCAGGCAUUUAUUUACCUCUCUUCCUCUCCCACCGUGCCAUCUCAUGUUCGCAAGGAAGCGUGUGGUACAUUAUCCAAGCUUUAUGCCAAGAACCCUGCCAUCAUUGCGGAAGCUGUGAUCGCAGGAAUUUGGCAGUGGGUCGAGUCAAUCGAGACUGCAGAUAAAGACAGCAUAGCCUCUUCUGCGAAAUUCGACAAGACUCAUCUCCAUGUCACUCUAAGAUCAAUUUGUCUCAAUAAGGAGGAGUUUGAACGAAUGGGCGCCGAGCAAGAUCUUGAGCUCUUGGAGCAGCAAAUGUGUUCAUUGCUUGUCCUGUCUCGGCCAGACCUCAUUCCUAGGUCUAGUUGGAUUGAUACAGUCUUGCGAGUUGGCUUGGAUCCUGGGAGCCUAGCAUUGAGACACGAACAAGACUUGCUCGACGAAAUCGUCAAGAGGACGACUUUCGAACAGGUUACACUGGUCAAGACCGCAGCUUGCAAAGCAGCAGCAGAUCUUGCUUUCGUCUCUCCAGAGGUCAUGACGCCCAAAGUCAUUGAUAUGAUCCGUCGAGACCUUGAUACCAAAGAUCUUCAGGACGUAGGCCCAGUAGAAGCAGCCAUCUUCCGCACUGCAGAAGGGACUGCUUUCAUUGACGUCCUCGCAAAGAACACCCAAUCACUACCAAACAAGAACACAAAAGAUUAUGACACGCUCAAGUGGGAAGAAGAACUUCGGGCUCAGUUAGCUGCGAAGAAGGGCACUCAGAAGAAGCUUACUGCUGAUGAGCAGGCCAAAGUCAACGCACAGCUCAAGAAGGAAUCCGAGAUUCGAAAGUCUGUGCAACAAAUCGAGGCACGCCUACUUCGUGGUAUCGGUAUCAUCCAAGGUCUUGUCACCGGCCCUCCUACCGAAGCAAAACUGUGGAUGGGACCAUCUGUGGACGCUCUACUGAAGGCCAUGGAGGCAGGCGCUUGCCUGAUCACUGGUGAUGUUGCACCUACAGCCUACCUGGCCUGUGCGGACAAGGUCAGCAACCGUCUCGGGGCCAUCAGACCUUUCAUUGGCGUCGCGACUCUACGUGCAUUGGGUGUUACCGGCUUGCCUGAAAACCUAUUGGAGGAAGGCCUCGAAGACCUUGUCACUCGAGUGCUAUAUAAAUUGCGAUUCGCUGGAGAGCAGCGACCUUUUGACUCCAUUUCCGUCGUGUAUAUCUUGUCUCUCAUCUUCCUGAUACUUCGACAAGGUGGCUUCGCUGCUGCUGCAGACGAGAAAGAUGCCCAAGUUGUCCUGGCCAUUGAGUUGAUCUCGUUUCACACAGGCAUCUCUUCCGAUGAAGCCUUACCUAGAGCUGAUAUCAUCUCCGCUCUGAUCACCUCGAUGCAGAACUAUAACCAACACUACAAGAUCAUCAAGGAUUGUUUCCAUGACUUGAUUCGUUGUGUAGCUCCCAAUAUAACGACCUCUGAAAUUGCAACUCUUGUCAGGGGUGCUAUUGUUCCGCAAUCUGCCGUUAGGGAAACAGUACUGCAAGCCAUCAGCGCAGAGGUUGACCUGACUGAGCUCGAUUUCUCAGAAGAAAUCUGGCUAGCCUGCCAUGACGAUAGCGAAGAGAAUGCCGAGAUUGCCAAGGAAGUUUGGGAAGAGAACGAGUUCAAGCUGUCCAAAGAAGUUCCACUAAGGAUGCUUCCUUACGUCGAAAGCCGGGAUCAUCAACUUCGACGGGCUGCCGCCCGAUCCCUCGCGGCAGCCUGCAAAUCGUAUCCGGCAACGAUUGACAAUGUGCUGUCCAAGCUUCGGGCAUCUUAUGUGGAGCUAGCCAAACCCCGUGUGCAAGAAUUAGAUCGAUAUGGAAUGCCUCUCAAGUCCAAUCUCGCAGAUCCUUGGGAGGCACGACACGGCAUAGCGGCUGCUUUCAAGCACUUGGCUCCUCAUUUAGAAAAGAGCCAACUGGACGAAUUCUUCAGCUUCCUCAUUGAAAGGGGUCCUCUGGGCGACAAGAACCCCGACGUUCGAAGCGAGAUGCUUGAUGCGGCGGUUACAGCCAUAGACGUCCAUGGCCGAGCACUAGUGGACAAACUUAUGAAGAUGUUUGAAAAGACACUGGAAGCCCCCGACAAGGGCUCGGAAGCUGGCGACCGCGUCAAUGAAGCGGUGAUUGUUAUCUAUGGUGCUCUAGCCAGGCACUUGAAGCCAGGCGAUGCAAAGAUUCCCGUCGUAAUCGAGAGGCUCUUGGCUACACUGAGCACACCAUCUGAGACUGUUCAGUAUGCGGUUGCCGAAUGUCUGCCGCCACUUGUUCGCACAUGCGGCGACAAAUCAUCCAAAUAUUUUGAACAGGUCAUGGACAGCUUGCUCAACUCCAAGAAAUAUGCCGAAAAGCGUGGUGCUGCUUAUGGCUUGGCUGGUCUUGUACUUGGCCGAGGUGUCUCUGUUCUGCGAGAAUAUCGUAUACUCAUCUCAUUAAAGAGUGCUACGGAGAACAAGAAGGAAUCUCAGCAACGUGAAGGCGCAUUCCUUGCAUUUGAGUUGCUGCCUUUGAUUCUUGGCCGUCUUUUUGAGCCUUACAUUAUUCAGAUCGUUCCUCAACUUUUGACUGGCUUUGGUGAUACCAACGCUGAUGUACGAGACGCUUGUCUUGCGGCAGCAAAGGCAUGCUUUGCGAAGCUCAGCUCUUUCGGUGUUAAGCAAAUUCUGCCAACCUUGCUGUACGGUCUUGAAGAUGAUCAGUGGCGAAGCAAACGGGGUGCCUGCGAACUUUUGGGUGCCAUGGCUUAUUUGGACCCUCAACAACUUGCUCAGAGUCUGCCUGAUAUCAUUCCACCUUUGACGGGCGUUCUCAAUGACAGUCACAAAGAAGUCAGAGCUGCAGCCAACAAGAGUUUGAAGCGCUUCGGUGAUGUCAUUACCAACCCCGAGAUCAAAGGUCUUGCAGAUAUCCUUCUCAAAGCCCUCAGUGAUCCCACCAAAUACACAGACGAUGCUCUGGACUCACUCAUCAAGGUGCAAUUCGUGCAUUACCUUGAUGCUCCAUCCCUGGCACUGGUUACCAGAAUCCUCCAGCGAGGUCUUGAUGACAGAUCCAACACUAAACGAAAAGCCGCCCAAGUUAUUGGCAGUCUGGCACAUCUCACAGAGAGAAAGGAUCUUAUUGCCCACUUGCCAGUCCUUGUUUCUGGCCUCAAGGUUGCGGCUGUCGAUCCUGUACCCACAACUCGUGCUACUGCUUCCCGUGCACUGGGUUCCUUGGUGGAGAAGCUCGGCGAGGAUGCUCUGCCGGAUCUCAUUCCUGGACUCAUGCAAACUCUCAAGUCGGACACUGGCGCGGGCGAUCGUCUUGGUUCUGCCCAGGCUUUGUCCGAAGUACUGGCUGGAUUGGGUACUACAAGGCUGGAAGAGACCCUCCCCACCAUUCUCCAGAAUGUGGAAAGUUCCAAGUCUGCCGUCAGAGAAGGUUUCAUGUCCCUCUUCAUCUUCUUGCCAGUGUGCUUUGGUAAUAGCUUUGCCAACUACCUUGGUAAGAUUAUUCCUCCAAUCCUGGCUGGUCUUGCAGAUGAUGUGGAAUCUAUUCGCGAAACCGCUCUUCGUGCUGGUCGUCUCUUGGUCAAGAACUUUGCAGCCAGAGCCGUCGACCUGCUACUGCCUGAACUUGAACGUGGUCUUGCAGAUGACAGCUACAGAAUCCGUCUCAGUUCCGUGGAGCUGGUUGGUGAUCUACUUUUCAACCUUUCUGGUAUCACCGGAAAGGAAGAUGCCGAUAUCGAGGAAGAACAGGUCAAGGAGGCCGGUGCCUCCCUCCGGGAGGUUCUCGGCGAAGAGAAGCGAAACAAGAUCCUUUCUGCUCUGUACAUUUGUCGCUGCGAUACUUCUGGUGCUGUUAGAUCAGCAGCUAUCAGUGUUUGGAAGGCAUUGGUCGCAUCUCCUCGAACACUCAAGGAACUCACUCCUACACUUACGCAGCUCAUCAUUCGCCGUCUGGGCAGCUCCAACAUGGAGCACAAGGUUAUUGCCAGCAAUGCGCUUGGCGAGUUGAUCAGGAAGGCUGGCGAUGGCGUUCUGUCAAGCCUGUUGCCUACGCUGGAAGAAGGUUUGCAGACUUCAACGGACGUGGAUGCCAGACAAGGUAUCUGCCUGGCUCUGAAGGAACUCAUCUCAUCUGCGUCUGAUGAAGCAUUGGAGGAUCACGAGAAAACUCUCAUUGCCGUUGUCCGUACUGCCCUCACGGACUCGGACGAGGAUGUCAGAGAAGCUGCCGCCGAAGCUUUCGACUCUCUCCAACAGAUCAUCGGCAAGCGUGCUGUCGAUCAAGUUAUGCCAUACUUGCUCAACCUUUUGCGGUCUGACGCUGAUGCUGACAACGCUCUAUCUGCUUUGCUCACUCUUCUCACGGAGACAACCAGAUCAAACGUCAUUCUACCAAACCUCAUCCCCACUCUCAUCGCGCCUCCCAUUUCAGCCUUCAAUGCCAAGGCUCUUGCUUCUCUAUCCAAGGUUGCCGGCCCGGCUAUGAACCGGCGGCUGCCAAACAUCAUCAACUCUCUCAUGGACAACAUUGUCAAUAGCGAGACUGAUGAAUUGCGCAAUGACCUGGAAACAUCAUUUGACACCGUUAUCCUAUCCAUCGACGAGUACGAUGGUCUCAAUGCAGUCAUGAAUGUGCUCUUGCAGCUUGUCAAGCAUGAAGACCACCGCAAGCGGGCCAACACUGCAUACCGCAUGGCUUACUUCUUUGAACAGUCCACUGUUGACUACUCGCGUUACAACCAGGACAUCAUCCGCUCAAUGUUGAUCUCCUUUGACGAUAGAGACAAGGAUGUUGUGAAGGCAGCAUGGACAGCACUGAGUGCGUUUACAAAGAAGCUCAAGAAGGAAGAGAUGGAAGCCUUGGUACCAUCUACACGACAGGCCCUUCUCCAAGUUGGUGUCGCCGGCCACCAUCUGCCAGGUUUCGAGUUGCCCAAGGGUAUCAACGCCAUUCUGCCGAUUUUCCUACAGGGUCUUAUGAAUGGAACCCCCGACCAAAGAACCGCUGCAGCUCUUGCCAUCUCCGACAUUGUGGAUCGCACCAGCGAGAACUCCCUCAAGCCGUUCGUCACCCAGAUCACCGGUCCCCUCAUCCGUGUGGUUUCCGAGAGGUCGACCGACGUCAAGGCAGCCAUUCUCCUCACUCUCAAUCACCUUUUGGAGAAGAUGCCUGCGGCUCUCAAGCCUUUCUUGCCUCAACUUCAACGUACCUUUGCCCGAUCUUUGGCAGACACGACCAGCGAGCUGCUCAGAUCUCGUGCUGCUAAGGCUCUUGGUACUCUGAUCAAAUUUACUCCUCGUGUCGAUCCUCUCAUCGCCGAGCUAGUAACUGGUUCCAAGACGACUGAUCCCGGUGUUAAGACGGCCAUGCUCAAGGCCUUGUACGAGGUUAUAAGCAAAGCCGGCGCCAACAUGGGUGAAAGCUCACGUACUGCAGUCUUGGGCCUGAUUGAUAUGGAAACCGAUGAGUCGGAUGCAGCAAUGACAAUCACCAACGCCAAGCUCCUCAGCGCCCUGAUCAAGAACGUACCAGAAGAGAUUGCAACCUCACUCUUGAAGAAUCGUGUUACCACGACGCAUUUUAGUACAUCUUCUGUGCUUGCAUUGAAUGCUGUUCUCGUCGAGUCCAAGGAGGUUCUUUUGGAGAAUCCGCUUGCCGAAGACUUGCCAGAUGUGCUCUGCCAAGGCAUGUCGAACAAGAACCUGUUCGUUGCAGACAAUUCGAUCCUGGCAACGGGCAAGUACUUGCUCUCCGCAACGCCUCCAUUUGAGCAGGCUAAGCCCAUCUUUUCAACCUUGGCAUCAAUCAUUGCUCCUGGAAAUCCUGGCGACAGCCGUCGUCUUGCUCUUGUUGCCGUACGCACUGUCUGCCGCAAAAACAUGGAAUUGGUUCGCCCACACCUACCAUUGCUUGCUGGUCCUAUAUUUGCGUCAGUAAGGGAUCCUGUCAUUCCAGUCAAGUUUGCGGCUGAAGCAGCAUUCAUUGAGCUCUUCGAUGUCGUUGCAGAGGAAGGAAAAGUAAUUGAGAAGUUCGUACAAAGCCCCGCGGGCCAGGAGAUGGCUCCCAACACCAGAAGAAGCAUGGGAGACUACUUCAAGCGGGUUGCUCUUAGACUUGGAGCUCAGGCCCGUGAACGACGCGAGAUGGAAGGCCUCAGCAACGAUGAAGCUGAAGACGAGAGAGAAAUCUGGAGUGUUGGACAAGUUGAGACUGGAGGUGGUGUGUUCAGUCAAGACUAA